GAGAGGCGCUCCGUGACAGCAGCAGCGGCAGCAGCAGCGGCGGCACACCGUCAGGGAGAGCGCGGCGGAGCUGGAGUCAGCCAGGAGCGAAAAUGUGAAGAUGGAAUCCGACUGAGCAGCAUUAUUGUUACACACCCACAUUCACACACAGGCAAGAACUCAAGCUUCAUUUGGAUUUCACAACCAGGUGGAAAUAUCCUCGCUUUAUUUUUUAUUUUCUUAUACAUUUAUUUUUUAUUUUUUUUGCACCUCUCUUUCUGGCUUCAGAAAUUGACUGAAAGCAGUGUGAGAGUGAGGAGCGUCAUUUACCUUCACUGGAUAUUCGUUUUGUUUUUAAAUGACACAAUUCGGAUGGAGUAAACUGCUCCGUGAAGACCCUCCACCUCGCUUUAUGGGAUUAUUCUGGACGGAGACGCUUUGUUUGAGAUAAGAACACGUUGGGCAUCAUGAGUUCCAGCGCUUAUCACCAAGGCUCGGCAGGCGGUGAACGAAGUUCUGGACCAAUCCGAUGCCAGCGAUGUCGGGAAGUAUGCAAAGGAGAGGUAGUGCGAGUACAAGACACCCACUUUCACGUCAAGUGUUUCACCUGCACCGUGUGUAACUGUGAUCUGGCUCGAUCUGGCUUCUUCCAGAAGAAGGGCGAGUACAUUUGUACGGCCGACUAUCAGCGCCUGUACGGUACACGCUGUGACCGCUGUGACAGCUUCAUCACAGGAGAGGUGGUCUCUGCUCUGGGACGCACGUACCACCCCAAGUGCUUUGUCUGCAGUGUCUGCAGUAAACCCUUCCCCAUCGGAGACAGAGUGACGUUCAGCGGAAAGGACUGCGUGUGCCAGCAGUGCUCGCACACACUCGUCAAGUCAAAUGAACCGAUCAAAAUCCACGGGCCCAGCCACUGUGCCGGGUGCGGAGACGAGAUCAAGCAGGGUCAGUCUCUCCUGGCGUUGGAGAAACAGUGGCAUGUGAGCUGCUUCAGAUGUCGGACCUGCAACAUGGUCCUCACAGGAGAGUACAUCAGCAAGGAUGGAGUGCCAUACUGUGAGGCAGAUUACCACGCCCAGUACGGGGUGAAAUGUGAGACCUGCAGCAGAUAUAUUAGUGGAAGGGUUCUGGAGGCCGGAGGGAAACACUACCAUCCGACCUGCGCUCGAUGCUCCCGCUGUAACAUGAUGUUCAAAGAGGGAGAGGAAAUGUACCUGACAGGAUGUGAGGUGUGGCACCCAUUAUGCAAGCAGGCAGCGAGGGCAGAGAGGAGACUCAGGCACAGACGCCUGUCAGAGGCCUCCAUCUCUCCACCGGGCUCAUCCAUAGGCUCUCCCAGUAGGGUUAUAUGUGCCAGAGUGAAGAAUGAGAUCCUAGCUUAUAAGGACCUAGCUGCCCUGCCAAAGGUCAAGGCCAUAUACGAGGUCCAACAGCCAGACCUCAUAUGCUCCUCAUACCAGCCCUACCACAGAUACACCUCUGAUGACAGGCUAGACACUUACUGCUAUGGGGAGUCCCUUGGGACACUCUCUCCCUAUUCUCAGGACUAUGACAGCCUAGAUAUGAGGCAGAGGCGGUGCUCCAGUCCAGGUUAUAUUGACUCGCCGACGUAUAGUCGUCAAGGCAUGUCACCCAUCAUGCCUCGCUCUCCGCAGCACUAUGGCUACCCUGGCUCUGAGAGUGGCAGGAGUUCACCUUAUUAUGGCCAAGAUGGGCGGUCAAGCACACCCACCACAAUCCAGCCCCCUAAGCAUUUUCAUGUACCAGCCACAGGGGACCCCAACAUCUACAGGAAGCCUCCCAUCUAUCAGAGAGCGGCCACUAAAAGCAGGACAAGCGAGGACAUCCUCAGAUCGUCCAGACUGUCCACCUUCUCUCCUGAGCCAUACACACAGUCAGAAUCUGACUACUACCCGUACACCAGUUCUCCCAGGGCCUAUCGGAUGCCGAGAAGACGCUUCUCCACAGGAGGAGAUGAAGAGAGUUGGAGUCACAGUCUUCAAAGAAUUGGGAGUGGCAUUGGGAGGAUGAUCCUAAAGGAGGAGAUGAAAGCCAGAUCUGGUUCCUAUGACAACGACCCCUGGGGCAGUGCAAGGAAUUCUCGGAGUGGGAGCAAGGAAACACUCAACACUACAGGCUAUGGCACCACGGCGUACAACAACACAGUCAACGGAUCUCCCAGAUCUCAGUACAGUGUUGACAGUGAUUUUGUUUGCAAGUCUGCCUCGCUACCAGGAUACGGACGCAAUGGCAUCCAGAGGCCUCAGAGUGCAGAUUGCUACCAGUACCAGUAUGACAGUGGCAGCGAGGUCAACUGGGGAUGCAGAGCGGAAUACAAGAUUUACCCCUAUGAAGCGCUCAUUGUCACCACUAGAGGUCGCAACAGGCUCCCCAAAGAUGUAGACAGAGCCCGGUUGGAGCGUCAUCUGUCUCCCGAGGAGUUUGUCCAAGUGUUUGGCAUGACCGUGGAGGAUUUCGACCGGCUGGCUCUAUGGAAGAGAAACGAGCUCAAGAAACAGGCCCGACUGUUCUAAUAACAUAUGGACGUCUUUCGAAUACUGCCAUAACUAGAGGGAAAGACAUGAUUGACUAUAGGAGAGGGGAGGGAGAAAGAGAUAGGAUGACGUCUGCUCAGUUUCACUGCCAUGGCUGAGAACCUGUUCUAGAUCUCCUCAUAUGACGAACCAAAUUCUGGUCACACCAGCGUGGACUUCUGAGAUACUGAGAGAAGACUGCAGAGACAUUAUGCACAGAUGGACUGAUAAACUGUUACAUGAUUGCCAGUGCAACUGUGGCUGUGUGCUGGAGUGGUGUGUAAGCAAUAGAGGCUGUAAUACAGUAGUGCUGUGCUUUUCUUAAACAUGAAGGACGGAGGAAGGCGUGACUUUGCCCCAGUAAGGCCACAUGUGGGGGGGUGUCUGUGACCAGAGCCACAGUACUAAAACAUAAAGAGGAGAAUUUUGGCUUUGCCUUAUUUGUUAUGCUCUCUUAGUUAUGAGUGUACAGCACCAGCAAUCUGAAUGAGUAGAAUGUAGAUACAGUACAUCAUUUAUGACACUUUAUCAGGGUGAGUGAUUAGAUGAGGAGAAUGAGUGAGUGAGCAUAGAGCAUAACUUUUGCUUUGGUUUAUAAGGGGUGCAUUUUGUUUACCUGUUUCCCCUUGUUUUUGCUCUUUCACGAUGAAAUGCUGUGUCCCUCUGGUUUACACUAACUGAUAUACGACGAGACAAGAAACAAUCUGAGGUUGACGCAACCUUCUCAAACGUGUGUGUGUGUGUGUGUGUGUGUGACCUGCAUUGAUUUCUGUGCAAAUGAAAACCAAAGUGAGAAUGCAAAUAUACAGAUUAGCAGAUCACUUCCAUGUAAUGUUCUGGUUAAAUAGUUGAAGGUCACCGAUAGAUACAGUUCACUCUGCAGCUGUAUGGUAACCUAAAAGAAUGUGCAAUCCAGUAGAUAAUAGAUAAAUGAAAAAACAUCCGUUCGGUCCUCCUCCAUGUUUUCCAGCUCAUUGGAAUACAAUGAUGACUAAAUAUUUUGGGAUGAGGACUUGAAUCAUCCAUACAUUUCAUUUUUCAUUUUCAUUACAUUUGCUAUUAUUUAUAUUCUUUUAGAAUCCAAUAAUUUUGUAGCUACAGAGAUUAUAUGAACUCAUAAUGAAACACUCUGCAAGGUAUUUAACACACUGACAAUGAUCCAGGGUUGUUGAAGACUUUACUUCCUUUGAAUACUGUUAUUUUUGAUUUUGUCACUAAAAAAUUAAACUUGAAACAAAUCCA